CGACAACGUGUUGUCGGUGUAGUAACAAUUUUUGUUAAUAACUGAAAAUGCAAAGAAUUUUUAAUCGGUCCUGUACUUCCUCCUCUGGUGCUCUAUGGUCUGCAGACUUUCACUUUCUCAGCACAGCUAUUCCAUAUUCACAUGGUUCUAAGAGAAAUGCAACCAAAAACCCCAGAAUAAAAAUGAAGCCAAGAAUUUGGGUGAAAAAGAUUAUCGAAGCGGAGAAUGAGAAAAAGAUGAAGCGGAAUCCACCAUUACAAAUGUCAGAUCCUGUUGAGACAUUGCCCCUGAUAGCAAGAAUGAAAUUAGAGAAAUCCCAAGAAUCCUAUGCAAGUUAUAUGCCAGAUGUUAUAUUGGAGGAUGGAAGAUUCAAAGGUCUUAAAGGAGAGAAGGGUAUUGUAGAUGAUGAUAAUGAACAACAGAUAGAUCCUGAAGUAAAAAAAAUCAAAUUAGAAUACCAGCGAGAAGAGCUGAGAGAACUUAAAAAAGAGAUUAGAGAGUUGGAACAAGCUCCAGAAAUAAUGCAAGAAGAAGAUUAUACAGAAUCAAUACAGAUUGAUGACUCAGUUUACCCUAAAAGAUCAAACAAAAGCAAAUUAUAUGGAGGACCAGAUCCAGAAGAACCCAUCAGUGAUGUGCCUUGCACAGGGUGUGGUGCACUUCUGCACUGUCAGGACCCUGGGGUUCCAGGCUACAUGCCCAGUCAGAGAUAUAAACAGUUGAAACCAGAAGAAAGGAAAGCUGCCCACUGUCAGCGCUGUCAUAUGAUGACACACUUUAAUUUAGCUUUGAAUGUCCAAGUUUCCCCCAAAGAAUAUCCACAGAUCAUCUCAGAACUCAAAACUCAGAAAACAUCUCUGGUGAUAUUAUUGGUAGAUUUAUUAGACCUCUCCAAUAGCUUUAUUGAUAAUUUAUGGGAUCACAUUGGCAAUCAACAUGAGUUGAUUGUACUGGGCAAUAAAGUUGACUUAUUGCCACGGGACUAUUUUGGGUGGUUCGAGAGAAUUGAGGCAUCAUUUAAGCGCCAUAUUAGAAAAGCUGGACUUAGUGAGGGAACCAUUCUUCAUACAAGGCUGAUAAGUGCAAAGACAGGUUAUGGUGUGGAAGGAUUGGUCAGCUUGAUCAUGAACAAAUGGGGAACUGAUGGCUCUAUGGUCUGCAGACUUUCACUUUCUCAGCACAGCUAUUCCAUAUUCACAUGGUUCUAA